AUGGGAUCUUCAGCAUUUGAUAUACCGAAAGAGAUUUGGCUGAGUGUAUUCGGACAUCUGAAUAGUCAAGAUUUAUUAAGUUUAAGACUUUGCUCGCAUAAGUUUAACGAGCUGGUCAAAACCCAAUCGAUUUGGGCUUCAAGAUGCUACACAAGAUGGUUGAAAGUUGAGAAAGAGGAUAUUUUAGCUCAGCAGCUCGAUGGUCCUUCAAGACUUCAGCCAAAAGACGAUUGGUUCUACUAUUUCAGGUACCGAAAUCGAAUUGAUACACAUGUCAUGAAUACGCUUUUCAGCAUUGUGAAAGAUAAAUCGCAAAAAUGGGACAAUUAUGGAGAUUUGAUGGCUGGACUGUCAAAAUAUGGCAUCUUAAUGGUACCGUUGUUGCGAAAAAUGGAAUUUGAGGGCUACAUAGACCGACGCAGUUUUGUUGUCACAUAUCUUGGGCGACAGCUGCUCCAAAUGCUGCGACAUAGGAGUUUUUUCCAGCUUGUGAAUCAAGCAUUUGCUGCAGAAGCCAAUGAGUGGGUCCAUUACGCCGAAGCAACCGUUUUUCUUCCCUUGGCAACUAUGGAUAUUGCCUUCGACCGUCUUUUAUCGCAUAGAAACAAAAUAUUUGCGCAGGUUGAUUUGCGUUUGAGCCAGAAUUUUGAAGACCGGUCGCAGUUUAUGAAGCUACCACCCACACUACGGCUGGACAACAUCAUGAAAUAUCUCUUUCAGGCUUUGGACAUGGCCCGAGCCGAUCAACUUCCCCAGCAAACUCGAUAUUUUCUAGACGAUUUUCUACUGUUGAGGGUUUAUGCAGGGGAGGCGAGAGGCCAUCCGAUUUUGCUACUGGCAAUUAUACAGAUGAUUUCAACAAGGUACAACAUUGAAACCAUGUUAUGUGAGAGUUUUCUAAUUGUUCGAGAUGAGCGCAUCCGUAGUGGCGAAACGUAUGUUGCAAUUUCACAAUCGGGAUAUCCGAGAAUUUUCACCAGAAAAAACCUUGUAGAAUCCAUGCAGCAUUCAGUGCCUGAUAGACACGCGGUUUUGUCCUCCGUAUUGCCAAAAAUGCUACAGCCACUAAAACUACAAGACCUAUUGUGCAAAAUAUUCGACGAAUUUUCACCUCACUGCAAGAAGUCUUAUUGGGAUAUGGCCUCUGAUAAACGGAUGGUGUCUCUUCGGACAUUGAUGCCACAUAGCAGGAUUCCAGCUCAAUGUUUGGACUAUGAGUACUAUCAGAUGUAUUGGAAAUUAUGGAGGACAUCUUUCCAAGGCCAAAUAAGCGGGCUGCUGGGAAAAGCUUUUCUGAGGUUUACAAAUUCCCGGUACCCUCAUGAUCGCCUCGUAGUGCAUCAUAUGAUUGACGUGGAAGCAGAACCAGAAGAAGAAAAUUCUGCUACCUUUUUAAAUGGGCCUCGAAGUUUGUAUUUAUUGUUUUCCAGGUACUCUGCUGGCGAGAGUGACUUGUCUCUGGUCGGGAGGAUAGUCCAAGAGAAAGACCGAGAUCUCGCACAGGUCAUUGUAGCCACUAAAACAUCUCCUAGAGGUUCUCAAUAUGUCAAUCUGUUGAAUCCAUUUGGAGAACUAACGGUUCUUUUGAAAGAUGACACAAGGAUAUUGGAACCUGAACGGAUUUCAUUAGGAGUUAUUCAAGAAUUACUGCAUUGUCUGUCACUAUCUGACCUUGGAUUGUUUUUUUCACAUUUUGAUGAAGGCACCCACAAAUUUGUUCUAAGUCAGAUGUACGCUACGCACAUAGAGAUUUGCCGAAAUUCUAGCAAUUCCUGA